GGAUUUGGGAACCAGGAGGAUUCAGAUCAUGUUGCUGCGGUCUUUGCUUAUGGUCACUUCGGGGUACAAUGCCAAAAGCAUCAUGACUGUUCUCUCAGCCCCGUUCCUGGAUCCCCUGCUGUCCUCUUCGCUCACGGAAGACAGCGAGCUCCGGCAGCUUGUUCUGGAAAUACUACACAAUCUUAUUGACCGGCACGACAACAGAGCAAAGCUCAGAGGAAUAAGAAUAAUACCUGAUGUGUCUGAUCUGAAGAUAAAGCGAGACAAAAUUUCGCGGCAAGAUGUGAGCUUCAUGAAGAAGCACGGCCAGCAGCUGUACAGGCACGUUUACAUGGGCUGCAAAGAAGUCGACAACGUGCAUAAGAACUUUGAGCUGCUCUACACGUCUCUUGCUCUGAUAACGAUUGAACUCGCCAACGAAGAGGUGGUGACUGACCUCAUCCGCCUGGCCAUUGCCUUGCAGGAUACUGCCAUCCUGAACGAGGAUAACCUGCCAAUGUCUCACCGCUGCAGCAUCAUGGCGCUGGUCGCCGCGUACCUCAACUUCCUGAGUCAGAUGAUCGCAGUGCCUGCCUUCUGCCAGCACAUCAGCAAGGUCAUUGAAACCAGAACUCUGGAAGCACCGUACUUUUUGCCAGAAACCAUAUUCAGAGACAAGUGCAGUCUCCCCAAAGCCUUAGACAAGGACGACAAGAACUUGUUUUUCCUGACUCACAAGAUUGCGGAAUCCUUGGGCGGCAGCGGAUACAGCGUGGAGAGGCUCUCUGUGCCUUACGUGCCCCAGGUGACAGAUGAAGACCGGCUGUCCCGAAGGAAGAGUAUUGUGGAUACUGUAUCUAUUCAAGUGGACAUCCUCCCUGGCAAUGGCACAGAAGACAAGGUUAACACGGAGGAAAUUACUUUUGAAGCACUGAAGAAAGCUAUAGAUAACACUGGUCUUGAAGAGCAAGAGAAGGAGAAGAGGCGCCUGGUGAUUGAAAAGUUCCAGAAAGCUCCCUUUGAAGAGAUUGCAGCCCAGUGUGAAACCAAGGCAAACCUCCUCCACGACCGGCUUGCUCAGAUCUUGGAGCUCACCAUUCGCCCUCCUCCCAGCCCCUCUGGGACGCUGACCAUCACGGCUGGACACACCCACUAUCAAUCAGUUCCGGUUUAUGAGAUGAAGUUUCCAGAUCUUUGUGUGUAUUAAAGAGUCUUCUGGCCUCUGCUGGGCAUUAUUUACCAUUCAGAGCAUGUUGUGUAGCGUUCCAGAUGAGCUUUGAGCUCAGCCUUGCCUCUUCCCUCUGUCACAUUUUAAUAGAGCUUUCAGACAUAGCCCUGGACUGGGGGCCGUUGGGCUGGUGCCCACAUCACAGGUUUCUUACCCUGAUCAUUCUGCUCUUGAAGUUAAAUCUCUCUUUUUUCAGAGUAUUUCACGCUCUCUUUUUUUCUCUUUGGCGUAAAAAAAAAAUGUUUACAAGUGUAAUACGGUCUCUUUUGCCAAAUCGUUUUGUGUUUCGGAGAAUUUUAGACUAGGAGCUACAGGGUCCGUGGCAUCCGCACUGUCUCGAUGUCGUAGGAUUAACUGGCAAACUCUUUGCUGGCUUGUUUACUCUUCAGCUUCUUUCAGCACAAGAACCUCAGCACCUUAAGCAAUGCUGAGUAGACACGUUGCUAGUCAUAAUCCCAUAAUACUUAACCACAGACCUGGGGGGUGACCCCUUGCCCCUUCUCCAAUCACAGCAGCAAAUCUGAAUGUACCAUGCUUCCUUGUGGUUCUUUGCACAUGUGAUUUCCCACAUCACAAGCCUUGCUGUGGCGCAAAGAAAUGCCUCUUUCUGUACAAGCACCAAAACCCUGAAAUAUUUUUGAUGUCUUAAAUGUGUCUAGUUCAUGCCCUGUGGUUUUUUGGGGGAAAUGUAUUUUUCUGUGUUGCUUUUAGAGUACCUAAACGAGACAAUAGAUACAUAGAUAUAUAUAUUUGGUAUAUAGUGUAAGAGAUUAAGGGCAUUUUCAAAUGGUAAAUAGUUUUGUUUUUUUAACUAAUUCUGUUUGAAAUUGUAGAAGAGAAGCUGGUUAUUCCUUGAAAUAUUUCCCUCUGUAGUAUAGUGGUAGCCUUUUAGUGAUAUUUUGUCAGCUGAAAGAGAAAACAAAACGCAUGGAUGGAGCUUCCUGGAGAGGUUAGAAUUUUUAUCGUGUGCUUCCCCUCCCCUCCAUGAGAAGUCGUUGCAUUUUAAAAAUGCACCAACUUCCAUCUGCUUUAACUUCAUUGCUACGUUUUCCUCCAAGGAUAAAAAGUGUGAGACAUUUGGUUCCCUUGGCCUGUGUAUCCCUGCAUGCAGGGAGGAGCACUUAACACCCAUCACAAAAGAAACAGGCCAGUUUUUCUUAGGCCCAACUCACAAUUUCAGUUUUGUUGAAAAAACUGAAAGACAUCUGCGCUGCCCGAUUGCGCCGCUCAGUGUGAAAACACCAGCUUGGGGCUUGGCCAGAUCAGCAUUUGAGCAUAAAAUUGUGAGGGUGUGGAGAGAGGUGAGCUUGACAGUGUACCAAACGCUCAGCCUUCUGAUUUCGUUUUGCUUUAAAUGAAGUAGGAGAGGGCUGGGUCUUCCCUACCAGCUUUUUUAGUUUGUCAACCUUGGGAAGCGCUCGCCGGGCUCAGGCUGGUAACCAAGCCCUUCUUUUCAGUUUGACAGCGCAAUCACAGCUCUUAGCGGAUGACGAAACAGCCUCUUUCGCACAGCAUUCCCCUGUGAUUGCAGCUGCUCCACCCUUCCGCCCUGCUCAGACCACAGGCGCCAGCGCCCCUCAUAGCACGUGGUGCCGUUUUCUUGACGCCCUUAGCUUCCACUUUUUGGUUUUGGAAGGUAAGAUGUCUUGGCGUCUGAUGUCAUCAGAGUGGUGUCUUAUUCGAAGACGAAAGUUAAUCUGACGUCGGUGCGCACACUGAGAUCAUGCACGCUGCUGCUUUUUUUUCUAUCGUGUGACUGCUUUUGUACAAUAUAUAUAUAAAAAUAUAAAAAUAAAAGAAUGCUGUUUUGAUUUGCAUUCAUGCAGUCGGUGGACCGUGGUGCUAAACACACCCAGCCGCUUCUCCUCUCAUCUCUGCAUGCAACAGAUGCCUUGCACCUCAUGUCGUAUUUGCUUUGAAGCCUCACCUGAGUUGUUUUCACCUGCCUGCCUUUGGUGUGUUGCCUAGUGGGCGUCUGCAUUCCCCAAAGCAAUGUUGCUCUUUCUCAGCAUUUAACAGGGGAGGGGGAGAAGCAAGCACGAGCAUUGAUCUUUUGAGGCUGGGCUAGCUGCAGAUGCAGAACAGCUGCCAUGCUGGGUCCAAAAUGUUCAUUCCACUGUGAAUUGUACAGGCCUUGGAAAGCAGUGUCUUAGGCACUGCACUGCCUUGGUCACUGAGACGGGACGGAUGGUUAAGACAACUAUCGCUAAUUUUGUAACGGUCAAUGAACUUUGGAGAGUGUAAGACACAAAGGCCAUGAUGUUCUUGACCAGCCGUGCUUGUGGGAACAGUUUGGCGCUGUUCAGAUGUUUGCCACUGCUGGGAUUUCUUCGUAUUCUACCUUGCACCUUGGCAUUUCAGCGGACGACGUGUAAAAGAAUGUUUAGCUUUUCAUAGCAAAUUAGAUUUAAGGCGUAAACGAACGCUGUUAUAACGGAGGACGGUCAAGAGAACAACCGAAUUGUCUAUUUUACUGAUGCUUGGAUAUAUAUUCUGCGCACUCUGUAAUGAGCCAUUUGACUAAAUGUAAGAACACUGUGAUAAUACUGUGCAAUCCACAUGUAAGCAAUAAAAUAAACCAAGUAAGUGCAA